AGCCUCGUGCUCCGAUUGCAACAAUACUCUGUUUAUAACAUCAUCAUUUUGGAAAUUUUCAAUUGUUUAUAUAAUCGUAUGGUUAAGAUUUAAGAACAAUCUCUUGUAUUCUAUCUCUUCCCUGCCUUCUUCUUCUAGUCAUGAAGAUAUACAGAUUGAGGAGAAUAGGCAACUAAGGGCCGAGUCAAAACCAUUAAAAGUUUUAUCCUGAAGUAAGGGAUGACUGUAUGCAGCCAAAAUUUAGGCAGACGGGGUUGGUCCAAUGACUAUGUAUUGUUGGGGAACAAGGCGUCCCAAAAUUGGAAUUUUCUGAGAUCAGGCUUCUCCUUCACAGUGGCCAUCCUCAUGUCCCCAUAAAAGCAAAAUCGAAGAAAUACCCAGCAUGCAAAUGAAGUACCAACCCAGAAAGCAGAAUAAUCACUCUUCUCCCGUCUGUAGAGGGCGAGAAAACCAGAGUUGGGGAAAUCACUACGUUAAGUACGAAACAAGCCUUUCCACAUCCAGAAAAACAGAGAAAACAUUGAACGUUAGCAAUGGAGAAAGCUUCAUUCAAGUUCGGUUUCUUGGUCGUCCUGCUGCUCAUUUCAUCCUUUGGGCUGCUGUCCUCCUGCAGGGAGGUAGGGUAUGCGACUGUCUCCCAUGCUGUUUACCUUGCCCUUGCAAUACAGAUGACUCAACUGCGGCUGCCACCGGCGUCGUUCGUGAAGGUAGUACGUGUUCCACCCAUGGCGACUGCGCCGGUAUAUCUUGUAAAUCGGGCUUUGGCUUUUGUGCUGAUAGCAUUUGCACAUGUUCCAUCGGCAAUACCCGGUACUGAUAAUAAUUCUAAGAAAGAAAGGCGACGCUAAAAACAUAAUGCGGCGAUCUUCGUCGCGAGAGAUGACUUUUGGAGUGAGAGGCCGUCGUCGGUGUUGGAAUAAUAGCGUCGUUGUCGUUGCUCUUCUGUUCUGUUAUGGCUUUUCGGCCUUAUGAUGCUUUCUUUGUAUGUAUCCGAAAUUAAAGAAUAAAAAUCUUUUCCUCACGC